UCGCACUUUUUUCACCCCUUUUACCCAAGAUUCCUUCCGUCUCAGGUCUUCCGGGUUCAAUCGGAAACUCAGAAAGAUUUGAAUGAGUUAAUCUGACCGACUAGAAGUAAUUUGAAGAGUUUUUGUUGGACUCUAUGUUUCCACGUAAAUCUGCCACUUCUGUCAGUCUGCCAACGUCAGCGUUUGUUCAGCCAUGGAGGACCCAAAAAUACCGCAGAGGAAACUGUCCAGGGCCGGAGAAAGUUUAUACCAAGUCCUGGGCUUACAGAAAGGAGCCACCCCCGAUGAGAUCAAACGGGCCUACAGGAAACUGGCUUUAAGGCAUCACCCUGAUAAGAACCCAAAUAACCCAGAAGCUGCUGAGAAAUUCAAGGAGAUCAACAAUGCCAACUCCAUCCUCAGUGACGAGAACAAACGUGGCAUCUAUGACCAAUACGGCUCAAUGGGUCUCUCCAUAGCAGAGCAGUUUGGUGAAGAUGCCGUCAAGUACUACUUCCUCAUGUCAAAGUGCUGGUUCAAGACCCUGUUUUGCUGCUGCACCAUCUUCACCUGCUGCUGCUGUUUCUUCUGCUGCUGUUGCUGCUGUGGAAGGUGCAAAGCUCAGCAGGAAGACGAAUACUUUAUGGACCCAGAAGAUCUGGAGGCGGAUUUUAAUGAACAGGAAGCAGCACGAGACCAUGUAGUAAUUAAUCAGCCCCGCUGCAAUGAGGACUCAGCUGAGAACACAACAAUUGUGCUUCAGCCUAUGGCUACCAACGGCACCUCAAGCCCUGGAGAGACCCGGACCAUGGCUCUGUCCACAGUCGAUUGAGCGAGUCGGCCAGUGGAUGAGUAAGCCUUUAAAAAGGAGAGCUUUGAAUCUUUUUGGACUAGGUGUGGGAGUGAGGUCCCACCUGCAGCUUUCCUAAUUAAUUCAGAUCAACUUAUUCUGCAGAUUUUCCUCGGACUGAGGAACAGGAAACGCCCCAAUAAGACGCCUUUCUAUUUACGUGAAUGUUGGUACUGCCAAAGGGUUGUUUUGUGUUUAUUUCCCCAUUAGAUCAUGUGUAUAUAAUUUUUUUUAAAUAAAAACUUGUUUAUAUCUGUAAUAUUUUCGUGCAAAAAAUGACAAAGCCAUGCAGAUCAAAGCAACUGAUCUCUUGUUAAACAUUUUUUUUUCUUGUGCACUUUAAACCAACAGUUUAGUGUUAAAAGUUCUCAUGGUGGUUUAAGAAUGUCUCUGCUCAGGAUUCCCUAAAUGUUGAAUGUUG